GCCAGGGCUCGCGAAGGUGACGGGGGAGCUCAAGAAGACGAACCUGGCCUUCGCGAGUCUCCAGGAGGCGGUCGCCCUGCUGCAGUCCAGCAAAGCCGAGGCCGCCGCCCUCGAGGUGCUGCGGCACGAGGCCGCCAGCAUGGUGAACGACGCCAACUUGUCCGUCGCCGCCAUGCGGCAGUCGGUGGGUAACGUGGUGAACGACGUCCGGGAGCACUUCAGGACCGCCUCUCAGACCAUCGCGGCGCACAACGCCACCUUCAUCACUGAGGUGCGGUCCCAGUACCAGGAGGAGCUGGCCGCAGCGGCCCGCCUGCGCGACGAGGUGCAGGAGUUCGUGGCGCAGACGGGCAAGCGCAUCGGCGGUCUGGACACCCGCGUGGCGGAGGCCUCCGCGAAGGCCGGUUCGCUGGCUGCGGAGGCGCGCGAGGAGCUGGAGGAACUCAAUAGGCGGCGCAAGCGCGACAAGACCUCCUCCGACAACGAGCUCAAGGCGCUGAAGAAGCGGUUGGGAGGCGUAUUCGACAACUCCGACAUGGUGCUGCGGGGGCUCGAGCACAUCUACGGCGUGCUGCAGACCGUCCUGCAGGGAGAGCUGAUGCAGUGCUCCAUGGAGCGCCAGGACUCCAUCGACCGCAAGCGCAUCGCACUGAUGGGUGUCAAGGACGACGAAGCGGUCAUCGGCCAGCUUCUGACACGUCUCCUCGUGGUGCGCGACGUUCUUUCGCCAAUGAUCAAGCUUGUCAAGUUCUUUGGCAAGCUUCUUCUCGAAGGCCUUGAUGUUGCUGGCCACGUGGGACAUCUUGACUCGAAUCGGCACUGCCUGAGGUUGGCGAGCCUCGGCCUGCUGCCUCCCGUUUUCCAGCUGGUGCACCUGGCCGAGCCCGAGGUACACCCGACCAGGGCGAUGGAGGCGCGGCUGUCCAGCUCGCCGAUGGUGAGGCCCGAGGCUGGAAUGGCCGCCUCUUGA